AUGUGGAAUCAAGUCAAUAUAAAACACCAACAAAACUUUCAUAGGCUACGUCAAGAAGCUUUAUAUGCUUCUUAUACUUUUCAAAAGUACAGUGGAAGAACAAUAUCUGACGAAUGUAACAAAAAACUCGCCUUUAUUGAUCCUGUUAUUGCCAUGCUACAAAAUGCAAAGAAAGAGCAGAAAUUUGGCAAACAUAUCCAGACAAAGCUUAAAAAAAAUAUUGCUAAUUUUAUGGGAACAAGAUAUAUAGAAAAAACAUAUAUUCUAGAAGCUUUAAACGAGCUCCGUAAUUGCAAAGAAAGGAGCAGAGAAGAGAUACUUCAAAUAGAAUCAGAUUUAUAUAGUAGAAGAGGCCCUUACCAACCUCUUUAUAUCGCCACUUUAGUUAUUACAGCUGGAGUGGCUCUUUCUCUUUUCUUAUUCAUCAUAAAUAUAAUGGCAAACAAAACCGAUAUCGCCAAAGCUGGAUUCGUUUUAUCGAGCAUGGCAGUAUGCAUAACCAUUUAUAAAGAUUCAAAAGUGGACGAACUCAUGGAUGUAAUCGACGGCUUAGAAAAGACUGUUUAUAUGAUAAACAGUUUUGAGACCUCGUAUGUCACACACUGCUCUAUUGUCGACGCGAUAGAAACUUCAGCCAAGUCACUUGUAACAUUGGUGGAAAAUUGUAAUAAAUACAAUCAAUACGACGAUCUUGGAAGUGUUGAAAUUGAACAUCUGAAAUUUGCCAUGAUUGAUUUUACAUUGUGUCAAGCAAAUAUCAUAAAAGAUUCAAACGAGAAAUUUAUGCUAGAAGCAGAAAGGAUGGUAUCCACCCUAAGAAAAGAUAUCUCUGAGUCUUAUGUGGGCUUGAUCCGAGACUAA